CUGUUGCAUGCCGUCGGCGCUUCCCCUUUCCCACAGCCCUCGAAUGAGAGAGACAGAAAGUGAAAGCUGCAGAUCACAAUCAUCUCCGUCACCGCUUCCCACCACCAUCACCACCACGACGAGCGACGAACACCAUCACCAUCAACACCAACGCCAACGCCAACCAACCAACGCCAUCGCCGCUUCCUGGCAGAAACCCAGCUGGUCUCAGUAGCGGCCGCAGUCAAACAACCGAUCGGAUCGUCGAUUUGUGUGGCGGCCAUUGUCCUUUCCACACCCUCAACUCAGCCUAGGCGCAGGGAGGCGCUUGCCCCAUAGCAAGACGAUCCCUGCAAACCUCGUUAUCUCCAGGUUUUAACGCAUCCUUGGUUCUCCAGAGUCAAAAAUAAUUCACCUCCAUCCGGCAUCUCUCAACCAGUCCCUCGUAUCUCCUCUCCUCUCCCACAGCUCGUGGUCGGCUGGCCGCCAAAUUUGGGGCUUUUCACAUCUGCGUCGAGGUCCAAGGAAGGCCGCAUCAUAAGCUUCACGUACCGCCUCCAGUGAAUCCGAGGGCACGGGCACCGGGCGAGGGUGAAGAAUGCCCGAGCGGGUUUGACACCCCAAGAAAACAAGUCCCGGGGAACAGCAAACUCUACCGAAAAUUCCCAAGAGCCAAAUCCUCCUCAGACUAGCAAGGCUUUGAUGCCGGUAUCAAGGCUCGUCCUGGGUGAGCUGAUGGCAAGCUCGAGUUAAGAAAAUGCCGUCAACGCCAGAAACCCCCGAGUCGGCUCGACCACUUGCAGAUCACUUCUGGAUUGCCGGUCUCGACAGCCAACAACUGGUAGAUGCCUUCUCCCAACCGCGAUGGUCUCACGAUCACUUCGACACUAAUGGCGUCGACUUCUCCAUCAAAGAAGAGGCCUCUGCCGACAAUGAGCAGUCGUCCAUCCUCCAGUCUCCCCGAGCCUCGAUUGGCCAUUCCAGACAUGACUCGUACCAGAGACUCUCGCAGCUCUCCGAUGAGGCCAGGGAGACCAUUCAGAGCCUCCACGAGGCAACGAAGUCCCGCAGCAAUCGGAGUAGUCUCACCAUUCGAGCGGCUGCUGGCCCUGCCUCCGAUGCCCGAAUGUCCUCAUUGAUAUCAGAAGCGGAUUUCGAGAAAGCCAUGACCAAGUUCGCCACUGACCGAGACGCCUUCUAUCUGGACCUAACGUUUCAUCCAAAUGAAAGCACCAAGCCGGCUCGAUCCAAGUCGCGCCCCAAGACUCAGAAGAUCAUUGCUCAAGAUGAGUCUACCCCGGUUCCCAACCGCAAUUUUGGAAGCAUCCGAAGACACCUUUCCUUCAAAGACAUGUCCAGUACGAAACGCCAGCCAUCUAUGGCUCGACGGACGUCAACACGUACUUCUCGUAGGAUGAGCAGUUACAACUCCGUCAUACCCAGCCCAGAGACCUUCCACAGUUCUCCGGACCAGCAUCCACUAAUGCGAAAAUUCGAACCCGUGUUGCUGGAGAGAUAUCCUCGGCCUAGCACUUUCGACAAACAUCAGAGCAGAGCACCAUUCCCAGAUUACGUGCCUAUGUUUGCUUUUCCCAAUGAUAUCAAGAUUGUGGCGGCGGACACCAGACCGAGGUCAAUUUGGCAUGAAUUCUCCAUGACCGCAGCGGACAAUUCGAGACUGACGGCGGUGACGGUCAUAAUAUGGAUUCCAGUGAACCGCGAUCUUGCCGCGGAUUUGGAAAAGAGGUGUGAGCAAUGGAGGAAAGCUCAUAUGUCGGAGGCUGAGCGAGAAAUGGCGACUUCGCUUGCAGAGAGAUUGGCGGCAGAAAGUGCAAAAUUGUCUAGGCUACUAACACAACUGCCCCAACUCUCACCAGAUUCAGCGGAAAGAGAGGCUUUGGAGGAUGAAAUAGGUACAGUCGAAGAAAAAAUCGCUGUCAUGUCUGACAUGCUCAGGCCAUUGCGGCACAGUUCGGAGUCGGAUAUUCAAGGGCUUGCUGGUGGCGAAAUUCGUUUCUGGAUCCCAAGAGCUUACGGUAUCUUGGGAAAGGACAAGUCUAUGGCAAAUUUCUGGCGGCAGUGGCUUCGCGCGAUUGUUGUCCCCAUGACCGAUGGUGGAGUUUUGCGAGUGCCAGCAAGCUCCCCUAAAGUCGGCAUGUGGCAGCCGUUGGAGAGAUAUGUUGCAGCGCUGUGCCUCGAAGCACCCUGUCCAGUAUCGUCCAAGACUCAAGUCCAAAUCCCGAUACGAGAGCUCCAACUAUAUGCAAAAAAGGAGGCGGCAAAUGAACUCCCCGGAAGCAGAACGACCGAUCUGUAUCCUCUAUUUCGGGCUCUCACGAUUCCCAACAUUAUCCUUCUUAUCGAAUACGUCUUAUCCGAAUCCAGGAUCAUUCUCCUUUCUGCCCACGUCGCGAUGCUUCAAUUGGUCAGCAAAGCUAUCCUGGAACUUGUUUGGCCCUUUGAAUGGACGGGAAUCUACAUCCCGGUGCUGCCAUCACGUUUAGUACAAGCUUUGGAUGCGCCUUGCCCUUACAUCUGCGGCAUCGAUCGCAAAUACGAAAAGUACGACCUUCCUGAUGACGAUUAUGUUUUGGUCGAUUUGGAUAAGAAUGAGUUGCACAGUACGGCACCCCCGCCGUUCCUACCGAAGCAGCAACGCAGAAAAUUGAUGUCUCUGCUUUACCAAGCUGCGCCGCUGCACCAAAAUUUUGGAGUGGCUCCGGGACCCCCUUCAUAUGCUAUGGAGACAUACCCGUAUGACGCCUUUUCUGCGGAACUCGAGUCUACGUUCACUGCCGUCGCCAAAUCCACGAAUCUAGAUAAACUCGCGAGUCUCAGCUCCACUACAUUCGGUCCGCAAGCCGCUAUUGACACCAUUCGACGUUCACCACUGUUGAACGUUUUUCUUGCUUCUACACCAACCAGGGGAAAGAGCACUGAUCGUCCCAGAACAUCGUCAACAGCCAGACACUCUACAUUCACAGAUUCCGACAAUCAGUCUCCCAUCGCUCCCAACUUCCCUCUGACGCCUGGUUCUGGUCCAUCACGAACCGACUCCGGGUAUGCUCUUCAGACUUCUCUCAAGGAGAAGAGAUCCGGUCACUUCGACUCACUGUCAAAAAGAAGCUUCUCCGGGUCUACUCACAUGAUUCGGAAGGCUAGCAUUCCGUUUGUGAAACACAAUGCAAGCCCCUCUUCGAGCACUACGCUUUCAGAAAAUCGAAAUGGGUCAAUGUAUGCACCUUCUACCUACGCACAGUCGACCCUAGCAGCCUCAACAAUUAUGCCUGGAAUGAGCACACAGCCCGUGCGGAAUGGCGAAGGUACAUAUUGGUCUGAGGGUCAUUGUCUACAAUGGAGGGCAUCGGAUGGUCCAUCUACUUGUCUCCUUUGCGAUGAAAAGGCACCAGAUGGAUACUAUCGAUGUUCCGGCUGUGGUUUCGUCGUUCACGAUCGCUGUAUUCAGAACCUCUCCGUUGUCUGCUCUGCGGCCUUCUACCCCGAUCAGAUCCGCGCCGCCUUUGUGCGGUGCAUGGCCAGCUUGUUGUAUACCUACCGAAAAUGCAUGCAGCCUGCACCUCCACAGAAGAAGAAGCUGGGGGCUGUGUACUCCUUUGACAAUGACGCCUUCCUACGGAAUCUACCCCCCGACCAUGCUGCAUACAUGGGAAUGCUGCAACAAACCCAAGCUUGGAACGAAUUCAUCAUGGACCGUGAAGAGAAAACAUCGACACCCUCGAUAGCUCUGUUCGAUGCUAUUAUCAUGGCAAAACGUCGGCGAGCUGGAUUGCGGUCGAGUCUUCCUAGUCUCAGUCUCAAUAGGAAAAGCUUUAUGGCAUGGGCACCCUCUGGAGGCAUGCACACCGACAUACUCUCGGAUGCGUCUCAACAUCAAUGGAGGAUAGUCGCAGUACCGUCUAGUACCGAUCGUCCGGAGCUGGGCGCUGCGGCAAAGGGACGUGACUAUCAUACCAUUGUCACACGAACCCCAGCGAAGCUGGAGGAUGGUUUGUUCAAGCAAGAUGAAAAGGUUCCGAAUUUGCCUACAAUUCCUAAGAGAUCGAGGAUCAGCAUACUGACCGGUAAAAUGAACGGGCUCGGCAUGCACGCCCCGUGAAAGCUCGACCCAAGAUCUUUUGACACCGGCACCUUGUCCAAGACAAAUAUGGUUACCAGAUCCAAGAGUCGCCAAAAAGGAAGCUCUCAUACUGCUUUCCGUCGACUUAAGAGGUUGCCGGUGCUCAGCGAGCCCCGCUCUCCCAUUGCAGUCCGCCAUUGAAUAGCGAGUUGGCCCAGCACGGCCCUGCCAUCACGUUUGAUACUGUUCUUCAGUUCCUCCAACCCUUCUGCGACACCUUGUUCCUGCUCGACCAGAAAGGCUACUUGUAUAAUAUCUCGGGGUUUUAGCGACGGGUAUUCCAUAGCAACAUCGUUAUCCUGUUCAGCAUCCCAAUUCAAUGAAGUCGACUUGAAUGGCAGCUUUGGCUGGAGUUUUGUCUCUUGCAACAAAAUAGGCGCAUCGGAGACGUUUUCCAGUUGUGCCUCCAGAACAUAGCGGAGAAGCGUCGCCCUGCCAUAUGGGCCAUGUGUCUUGUCAGAAACUUCGACAGCUUUCAGUUCCGUGGUUUUGGUCCGCACGCUCAUGCAGGGCUGAGCAAGGAAUUGAUACAAUUUUCGAAAUGAUCGAACCCUGCCGCCAGUGGCUUGGCCAUCACCGGAAAUGGUCUCGGUGUAGGUGACGUUGACGGCGAGCACGUGGUUGCCCUCCUCCUUGAGGUCAAAUCGAAUGAUUCUUUGCAAGGCGCUCCCAGGGCCGGUGUGACUCUGGCUAGCUUCCGUUGCAUCAUCAGCGGCAUAGAGUUCCAGGGGUACCGCUUGAGACGGCGUUUGCAUCUCGGCCAAGAUCCUCGUUCCAGAAACGGCUUUGGUUAUCUGUCCUGGGGGGAGCUCAUUGUUGGCGCAGAGAGCACAAGAGAAGGUCUCGCCGACAUGGGCGGAACCGAACGAUGGUGGCAAACCCAAGCUGGUGGACAAAAUGAAGUUCUGGUCAGAGGCUUGGGAUGGAUAUGCUAAUGAGGCUGUAUGAGGUAUCUUUGUGUCAUUUCCACGGGGGAGAGGAUGUUGUUGGGCCAGUGAAGGUCGGGAGAGUCUAUGGGACACGGGCGUUAACUAAUUGACCUAAUUGCCUAAUUCCUAGAAAGCGUGUAGCCAGCCACAGACACACGGAACUCACCUCAGCACUAGAAAAUUGAGCCAGUGUAUUAGCAGAGAGCAGAUAAAAUAGCGGCUGUGUAAUAACAGAUGAAGGAUUUGACCGGGG